GCGUAUAACACGCAGGCACAGUUUACCCUCUUUUUUUUUUUUCAGGGUAAAAAAGUGAGUGUUAUAUGCCAAUAAAUGCAGUAAUCUUUUAGUUUUAUAUACCUUAUUUCAACAGCUGUUAAAGUGUAUCGACCACACGGGUAGAACAUUGGGUUGCUUGCCUCGCUGGUUUACAUUAUGGGAGGAAGCAGUAAAUCGCAGCCUUUGGGGUUGAUUUAAAUAAAGGCAAAUAGACUGUGCACUGUGCAAGUUCAGUUUCGCUCCUUCCCCCAGGGCUUGGCAAAUGUGGUAAAGCUCUGCAGAUUUUACUGUACAUCAUCCAAUCGUGCAAGCAACAUUUUUUUAUUUUAUUUUCCCCCUUGCACCUCAUUGGUUAUUUUUACAAAGUGAAGCUUUACCACAUUACCUUUUACCAAGGAAGAUGAGAGCAACUACACUUGCAAAGUGCUCUGUCUGUUUGCCUUUAGUAAAUCCACCCCAAUGUGUAGCACUGAAAAGCAGCCUGAGUAUAUAAUAUGCAAAGAUGGCUGCACCAGUAUAUUUAUAUACGUAAUUUCAAACUUUACAUAAAAUAAAAAGCAUACUACAUUUGCAUUUGAUUUACAUCCAAGUUAUUUAUCAAAACAUAAAUAAAUAUUGAAAGCACUAGGCUUUUAAAGGGACUCUGUCAAAAGGAGUUAUUCCCUGGCUAUCGGCCUGCAUACAAGUGACUAGUUCAGCAAUUGCACUCUGUUAGGUAUGGUAUAUCGGCUCCUCUGACCUCGCAUGCUGCACAUGCCGGUGAUGUGUUUGCUGACAUAAUUAGAUUGAAACCAAUUGGACUUCAUGUCAAAACUUGAGCAGAGGAGCAUGGAGAGUAUAGUAGGUUACAAAAAACAUUCUAUAGGCAACGGCAGCAUUUUUCCUCUGUUCUGAUACGAACGCAACAGGGAAAAUUCAAAGUUCAUCCACUCCAUUUUCAUCUAGCAGUAAUGUUAUGUUUUACACUAAGUCCGUAAUAUCUUUAUUUGGAUUGUUUUAUAUUCUGUAUGCACGGUAUGUAAAAGGGGUUUUGUUUUUCAUGUUACACUGCUUUUAUUUGUUUUUCUUGUGUUUUUGAAUAUAAUCAUGUUCGGGCUCUAAAAUGUUUGUAUUUUUCUAUUGGGAUUUGUAUUUUGUUUGUUUUUGUUUUUCUUGCUAUAUUUCUACAGUGUUAUAAUAUGUAUUUGUAAAACGGGUUAUAGGAGAAUUGCAGAAGUAUUUUUUUAUUCUUAUAAUCCCGUUUUUAAAUGUUUGCACUAUAGAUAGAAAACGGACUUGGAAUGUGACUGGUGGAAUAAACCCUCAGCUUUGCCAAACAGUUUGAGUUUUGUAUGGUUUCCUCUUUCAGUGUGUGUUUAUCCAAUAAGGACCUGCAGAACACUGUAUACAAGGAAGACAUCUACAGGAUCUUAAGAAGAGCACUGGAAAGAGUUUCAGGUCAGCUAAACCUUUUUCCUGUUCUGUUUCUAGAGGGACCAUAAGAGUGACUGUAUUUGCUGCAUUGUUUUUGGACAAUGUCCCAAAAUUCACAGAAGGGGGAGAGUCCAGAGAGCCUGGAGAAUGAUGGUCCUGUUAAUUAUCUUAAAUAUAAGGGUGAAAAAAAGGUAUUCAAUGAUCCAAUCCAUGGUCACAUUGAAAUGCACCCCCUGCUGGUCCGGAUUAUUGACACUCCACAGUUCCAGCGUUUGCGGUAUAUCAAACAGCUCGGUGGCUGCUAUUAUGUUUACCCAGGAGCCUCCCACAACAGAUUUGAGCACUCUAUUGGUGUGAGUCACCUAGCAGGAUGCUUAAUGAAGCAUUUACAAGAUUGCCAAGGAGAUCUAGGUAUAGAUGACAGAGACAUACUGCGUGUCCAGAUCGCAGGACUAUGCCAUGAUUUGGGUCAUGGACCGUUUUCUCAUAUGUUUGAUAGAAAAUUUAUGCCUCAUGUUUGCCCACAUAAAGGUUUUAAGCAUGAAUCUGCUUCUUUGAAGAUGUUUGAACACAUUAUGGAGUCCAUUAAAUCGGAAAUCAUUAUGGGGGAGGAAGACAAAAAAUUUAUCAAAGAACUGAUCAAGAGUGAGAAUGAUCCCUCAAUACCAAAGUCAUCUUAUGAAGGUCAGAGAGAAGAGAAAAGCUUCUUAUAUGAUAUCGUGGCUAACAAAAGAAAUGGCAUCGAUGUGGAUAAAUGGGACUACUUUGCCAGAGACUGCCAUCACUUGGGUAUUGCAAAUAAUUUUGAUCAUAUGCGAUGUCUUAAAUUUGCCAGAGUCUGUGAGGUUGAUAACCGGAAGCAAAUAUGUUUUAGGGAUAAGGAAGUUGACAAUCUGUAUAAUAUGUUUUACACACGGAACAGUCUUCACCGGAGGGCAUACCAGCAUAAAGUUAACAACAUCAUUGAGAUAAUGAUUAUGGAAGCCUUCGUAAAAGCAGAUCCCUAUAUCAAGAUACAAGGGUCAAAAGGCAAAAUGAGUAUCUCUGAAUCUGUGGAAGACAUGGAAGCAUAUACCAAGCUCACAGACAACAUGUUCCAUCAGAUCUUGUACUCCAGCGAACCCGAACUUGAAGAAGCCAGAGAGAUCCUGCAGAAAGUGGAGCGCAGGGAACUGUACAAAUUUGUAGGAGAGAGACUGCCCGGCAAAGCGGAGGACUGUACAAAUUUAAAAACUGAGCUGGUAAACGACAUCUUUAUAUCUAUUCAAAUACAACUCCAAAAAGAUGAUUUUAUCGUAGAUGUGAUUGAUUUGAACUAUGGAAUGAAAGACCAGGAUCCAAUUAACAAUGUGCGGUUUUACAGGAAGUUAAAUCCGGACAUGGCUAUAAAAAUCACUCAAGGGCAGGUGUCUCUGCUUUUGCCAACGCAGUUUGAGGAGCAGAUAAUCCGUGUUUACUGUAAAAAGACGGACGAAAACAUCCUGGAGGCUGCCAAGGAAUCUUUUGAGCAAUGGUGCCAAAAGCAUGGCUGCAAACCUCAGCAAGAACCCACAAUCGCCAGCGCUCCCUAAAAACG